AGAGAAUAUGAUUGUGGAGCCUGUUUAGUCGGAGAUGGAUAAUGGCUCUUUCCCGAGGUCUGAGAUGCUGUGCCCGUGUGUUUUCCUGGAUACCUGUCCUCAUAAUCACCUCCGUGGUCCUGUGGUCCUACUACGCCUAUGUAUUUGAGCUAUGUUUAUGUAAGUAUGGGAAUUAUGAAUGUUUGUCUGUUAUGUUUUCGUCGUAUUGUCCGCGAUGGUAGCUAGCUAACGUUACUGACACUGAAGCUCCAAUGCAAAAUGCCCUUUAAACCUGCUAGCCAAAUCUAGCAUCAUGCUAACCAGGAAGUGGGGGUUUUUCAGAAUGGAGCCUUUCUUAACAAAUCUAGCUAGUAUGAUCAUAUUGUACUGUUUUUUUCCCCCCAAUUCCAUUUGAUAACGAAUUAUACUGGUGUUACAUUUACCUACCAAAUCUAACAAAUAAAUAAAAACAUAGCUAGCUAUAUAUUUAAAGGUAAUUAACGUUACAAAAUGUAGCUAGCUAGCUAGCUACCUAUGUUGUGAUAAGACAGUAUAUUAGCUAGCUAGCUACUGUAACUACAGGUGUGAAGUAAUCACUGUCUAAACUGUCAGACUGUAACAUGGUGUUUUGUUGGCCAACAACAGAUAUGUGUCAGUCACUGUCUUCACACCCCAGUGUGAGCAGCCUCAGCAACCAAAUAGCUUUGCUACAUCAGCUGUUUUCAUGUCAAUAAUUCAUAACAAUUGUCAAUAAUUCAUAAUAAUGUGUGUUCUUUACAGUCACUAUCAGCAACACAUUGGAGAAGGGUGAGUUUUUAACACAUAGGCUUUCAUCCGUGGUCAGAUUAGUCAUCUGACAUCUUGUAGACACGUGAAUAUCAGCUUGAUAGGCGUAGUUCCCUAAGUGUUGCACCUGUCUGCGUUUCCAGUGGCCUACCUGCUGGUGUUCCAUGUGUGUUUUGUGAUGUUCUCCUGGACCUAUUGGAAGGCCAUCUUCACUCCUCCUGCUUCACCCUGUAAGAAGGUAGGACUGCGGGGCCUUAAUGAUUUAAUGAGUUUUAUUUUUCAAAUCCGUUUUGGAAUACUGACUGUCCAAACAGCAAGUUACAAAGUGACUUGAAUUUGUGUGUGUUCAGACAGCGGGUCAUUUGCUGACUUGGCUACACAAGUUGUCAUAGUAACGACGGGUGUUGGGGGCAGUGGUGUAGGCUGAUCGGUGGUGCUCGUAGUGUGCUUCCCGUCACUCAGAAGUUAUGUAGCAAGCUAAGGUGACAACAAUGCCUGCCAUGGACGUUUCCCAGUUGCUUUGAAUGUUCAAAAUCAUAGUGUAAGGACAUUUUUAAAGCCUCAAAGGAUGAGAUGAUCCCAACUUUCAAAACGAGUCAUUUUUGUCUAGCCACAGCAGUCAAUUAGCUAGCUAGGUAGCUGGUUAGCUUUCUAGCACAUUCACUAAUUAACAAGCUAGUUGGCUACCACAUGUUCUUGUCAAACUGUCAACAGAGUAGCUAGCAAGCAACAAGAUAUGCCAAAUAACAGUCUAAAAACCACUUGAGGGCAAAUAAAUCAGAUUUGACCGUUCAGACAAGUUGCAAUGUUGCUUUAAAUAUCUGAUUCCAUGUGCUCUUUGGCUGUUCGGACUGCAGGAAAAAGUACAGAUUUGAAAUCGGAUAUGCAAAAUAUUUGGAUUUCAGUCACUUCAAACUGACAGUGUGAAAAAGGCUAUAUACAGUACAUGCUUAGCCUAUAACAAGCAGCCUAAUAGAGCAUGAUCCCUGUUGACUAACGUAAUCCCUUCGCUUUUUAUGUUGCUGAAAGCUUUUGAAUAUAAUGUUGUCUAUAAUAACCAUAGAACGUUGUGCUCAUAAUCAUGAGGUGAUUCAAAGCCCUGUGUUAUCAGCUUGUGAAUGGUUCAAGUUCCAGCUGUUGUAUUCAGAUAAGGAGCGUUAUGAGAGAGAGGAGAUGCUCAUACAUGCUUGAUCAAGGCUCAUACAUGCUUGAUCAAGGCUCAUACAUGCUUGAUCAAGGCUCAUACAUGCUUGAUCAAGGCUCAUACAUGCUUGAUCAAGGCUCAUACAUGCUUGAUCAAGGCUCAUACAUGCUUCAUCAAGGCUCAUACAUGCUUCAUCAAGGCUCAUACAUGCUUCAUCAAGGCUCAUACAUGCUUAUAAGCAGUGGUAGAGCAUUCUAACAUGUGGUUGUUGGUUCCAGUUCCAUCUGUCGUACUCUGAUAAGGAGCGUUAUGAGAGGGAGGAGAGGCCUGAUGGUCAGAAACAGAUCCUGGUGGACAUCGCGAAGAGACUCCCCAUCUUCACUAGAGCUACGUCUGGAGGUGAACCACUCAUAUCCAGAGCAGCGUCCCAAAUGGCACCCUUUGUAGUGCACUACAUAAUGAAUAUAGUGUCAAUGGGACGCACCCUAUCUUCUCCAGUCCUGUUAGCAAACAGAUCAAACAUGACGUACUGUUACCCAUCAGUUUGUCAUCUACAACCUAAUAUCCUCCAGCCUCGAAGUGUCUGUAAGAUAAGAUAAGGGAAGUGGAGGAUCAUAUGGCUUCUCGUGUGUGUGUGUUGUGUGUGUGUGUGUUGUGUUGUGUGUGUGUGUGUGUGUGUGUGUGUGUGUGUGUUGUGUGUGUUGUGUGUUGUGUGUGUGUGUGUUGUGUGUGUGUUGUGUGUGUGUGUGUGUGUGUGUGUGUGUGUGUGGUUGUGUUGUGUUGUGUGUGUUGUGUUGUGUUGUGUUGUGUGUGUGUUGUGUUGUGUUGUGUGUGUGUGUGUGUGUGUGUGUGUGUGUGUGUGUGUGUGUGUGUGUGUGUGUGUGUGUCCCCUCAGCUAUCAGGUUCUGUGACCGAUGCCAGGUGCUGAAGCCUGACCGCAGUCACCACUGCUCUGUCUGUGAAACGUAAGUCUCCUCCCCUGCUCUGUCACACAGACCCAUACCUGUCUCCCUGUCUGUGGACAGGUAACACUGAUCUGAUUGGACAGCAUUAGGAAGGUCACACCAGUCCACCUCUGAUUGGACAGCAUUAGGAAGGUGACACCAGUCCACCUCUGAUUGGACAGCAUUAGAAAGGUGACACCAGUCCACCUCUGAUUGGACAGCAUUAGAAAGGUGACACCAGUCCACCUCUGAUUGGACAGCAUUAGAAAGGUGACACCAGUCCACCUCUGAUUGAACCUCUGAUUGGACAGCAUUAGGAAGGUGACACCAGUCCACCUCUGAUUGGACAGCAUUAGAAAGGUGACACCAGUCCACCUCUGAUUGGACAGCAUUAGAAAUGUGACACCAGUCCACCUCUGAUUGGACAGCAUUAGAAAGGUGACACCAGUCCACCUCUGAUUGGACAGCAUUAGAAAGGUGACAGCAGUCCACCUCUGAUUGGACAGCAUUAGAAAGGUGACACCAGUCCACCUCUGAUUGGACAGCAUUAGAAAGGUGACACCAGUCCACCUCUGAUUGGACAGCAUUAGGAAGGUGACACCAGUCCACCUCUGAUUGAACCUCUGAUUGGACAGCAUUAGGAAGGUGAUACCAGUCCACCUCUGAUUGGACAGCAUUAGAAAGGUGACACCAGUCCACCUCUGAUUGGACAGCAUUAGAAAGGUGACACCAGUCCACCUCUGAUUGGACAGCAUUAGAAAGGUGACACCAGUCCACCUCUGAUUGGACAGCAUUAGAAAGGUGACACCAGUCCACCUCUGAUUGGACAGCAUUAGAAAGGUGACACCAGUCCACCUCUGAUUGGACAGCAUUAGAAAGGUGACACCAGUCCACCUCUGAUUGGACAGCAUUAGGAUCUCUUGUUUACCUGGAGAACAACAGCUGUCCUGUUAAUGAUGAUGACUAAACUCUGGCCAACUACUAGGCCCUUCCUUCCCUGGGGGCCUGACUGAUGAAUGGGCCGUGGAAAUACUGAAAUCGGACAUGUUUACUGCAAUGGUGUAUAGACAGACAUUUCAACCCCAAAAUUAAUCUCUUUACAGUUUUCUCAAAGUAAAUAAAAAAGUUGCACACCUUUUAUGUUGAUGUAAGAAUGGUUGAAUGUGUUCUAAUGGUAGUUGCUUCCUUUACACCAGUCUAGUGAUCUGUGUUGUCUGUUGCAGGUGUGUCCUGAAGAUGGAUCAUCACUGUCCAUGGUGGGUGGUUAAUACUGUCUGUUCAUUAUGUAUUAGCUGUAAAUACGUACAUUUUGUAAUAACAUUUAGUAAGUAAAUAAAUUACGUCUUUCAUUUGAUCCUGAUGCUACUGUGUCUGUCUGUCUCUCUCUAUCCAGGGUGAAUAACUGUGCAUCUCUCUCUCUCUCUCUUUCUCUCACUCUCUGUCUCUCUCUCUUUCUCUCUCUCUCUCUCUUUCUCUCACUCUCUCUCUCUCUCUCUUUCUCUCACUCUCCCUCUCUCUCUCUCUGUCUCUCUCUCUUUCUCUCUCUCUCUCUCUUUCUCUCACUCUCUCCCUCUCUCUCUCUCUCUCUCCAGGGUGAAUAACUGCGUAUCUCUCUCUCUUUCUCUCACUCUCCCUCUCUCUCUCUCUCUCUCCAGGGUGAAUAACUGCGUAUCUCUCUCUCUCGCACGCUCUCUGUCUGUCUCUUUCUCAGCAGGUUGAAUAACUGUGUAUCAAUUCAAUUUCCUUUAUUGGCAUGACGUAACAAUGUACAUAUUGCCAAAGCGUACUUUGGAGAUGAAGUGAUACAUUUACAAUAUUAACAUAAUUAAAAUUAUAAUUAUCAAUAUUGUCAACGGGACAAUCCGUAACAACAAUAAUCAAGGGUCAAAAUAACCAUUGAACAAUAACAACAUAGAGGACAUGUGCAGGUUGGUUUGUCUGUCAGACACUGUCCCUCAUCUUAUGGCAGGCAGCAAUGUAGUGCGCUGCCAACCCACAGCUCUCUGCGUCCUCCCCCAACAGGACGGGUAGCCUGAGUCCUCCCCCAACAGGACGGGUAGCCUGCGUCCUCCCCCAACAGGAUGGGUAGCCUGCGUCCUCCCCCAACAGGACGGGUAGCCUGCGUCCUCCCCCAACAGGACGGGUAGCCUGCCUCCUCCCCCAACAGGACGGGUAGCCUGAGUCCUCCCCCAACAGGACGGGUAGCCUGAGUCCUCCCCCAACAGGACGGGUAGCCUGUGUCCUCCCCCAACAGGACGGGUAGCUUGAGUCCUCCCCCAACAGGACGGGUAGCCUGCGUCCUCCCCCAACAGGACGGGUAGCCUGAGUCCUCCCCCAACAGGACGGGUAGCCUGAGACCUCCCCCAACAGGACGGGUAGCCUGCGUCCUCCCCCAACAGGACGGGUAGCUUGAGUCCUCCCCCAACAGGACGGGUAGCCUGAGUCCUCCCCCAACAGGACGGGUAGCCUGAGUCCUCCCCCAACAGGACGGGUAGCCUGCGUCCUCCCCCAACAGGAAGGGUAGCCUGUCCUCAUCAGAGAGGUCUUUGAAACCUUGAAUAAGGGUUUCAUAUUUGGGGAAAUGACUCUCUAAUAGUUUUAUAAUGUUGACAUUUUGUCAGGAAAUGCAGCUCUGUCUCAGGUUCUGCUGUGGUGCAGUGGUUGCACAGCCUUUCCUCCACAGGGAGCCAGGUUUUCAUGUGUCUACCCUUCUCAAUGGAAAGGCUGUGCUCACUGAGCCUGUACUUUGUCAAGGUUUUUCUAAGGUUUUGAUCAGUAACCAUGGUCAGAUAGUUUGCCACGGUGUACUGUCGAUGUAGGGCCAGAUAGCACUGCAUUUUGCUUGUGCUUGUGUUUCCCAAUAAGUAAUGUAGUUUUGUAAUUGUUGUAAUUUGGUUUAUUCUGAUUGAUUGGAUGUUCUGGUCCUGAGGCUUCAGUGUGUUAGUAGAACAGGUUUGUGAACUCAGCCCCAGGACCAGCUGGAUGAGGGGACUCUUUUCUUUGCUCAGCUCUUGGCAUUGCAGGGCUUGGUAAUGAUAUGAGAGGGGGUCACUGUAUUUUAGAUGUUUACAAAACUUAAUUGCUAUUUUUUUAGUUUUUAUUAUUAGUGGACAUUGGCCUAAUUCUGCCCAGCAUGCAUUGUUUGUAGUUUUCCUCUGGACAUGUAGGAGAAUCUUCCAGAACUCUGCAUGCAGGGUUUCAAUGGGGUGUUUGUCCCAUUUGGUGAAAUCUUGUUUUGCAAAUGGACCCCACACCUCACUGCCAUAAAGUGCAAUCAGUGACACAUUCAAUUAGUUUUUAGGCAGAUUUGAAUAGGUAUUUUAAUUAGUUUUUUAAUUGCGUAGAAGGCCCUGCAUGCGUUCUCUCUGUUCAUUCACUGCCUCAUUAAGGUGUCCAGUUGAGCUUAUUGUAGUGUGUGCUGUACUCUAUAUAUUUAAACCUAAGGAAUUAUAGUGUAUUUUGUACCGAUUGAGAACUUUGGUCUAAUUCCCUGAGAUCUUCUCUGGAAAAUCAUUAUUUGAGUCUUUUUGGGGGUUUACUGCCAGGGCCCAGGUCUGUCAGUACUGCUCUAGCAGGUCCAGGCUCGGCUGUAGGCCAUGUGCUGUGGGUUUACUGCCAGGGCCCAGGUCUGUCAGUACUGCUCUAGCAGGUCCAGGCUCUGCUGUAGGCCAUGUGCUGUGGGUGACAGCAGGCAUAGGUCAUCUGCCAAGAGCAGGCAUUUAACCUCUGAAUUGUGGAGACUAACACCAGGGGCUGAGGAUUUUUCUAGAACAGUGGCCAAUUCGUUGAUGUAAAUAUUGAAGAGUGCAGGGCUCAGAUUACAACCCUGGCGAAGGCCCCGCCCCUGGUUAAAGAAUUCUGUUAUUUUCUUGCCAAUUUUGAUACUGCAUGUAUUUAAUUUAAUUAUGUCAUAUGUUUUUCCCCCUACACCACUCUCAAUAACUUUGUAGAACAUUCCUGUAUGCCAAAUAGAAUCAAGUGCUUUUUGGAAGUCGAUAAAGCAAGCGUACAUUUUGGUAUUAUUUUGGUGGACAUGUUUAUCUAUCAGGGUGUGUAGGGUGUAAAUAGGAUCGGUCGUGUGAUGUUUUGGUAUAAAUUCAAUUUGGCUUUUACUCAAGACAUUGUGCUUAUUAAAGAAGUUUAGAACUCUUGCAUGUAUAAUACUACAGAAAACCUUCCCCAGGUUACUGUUCACACAAAUGGCUCUGGAAUUGUUAGGGUCAAAUUUGUCUCCGUUCUUAAAGAUUGGGGUUAUGAGUCCUUGAUUCCAGAUGUCAGGAAAAUAACCUACACUCAGGAUCAAAUUAAACAGUUUUAAUAUAGCCAAUUGACAUUUUGCACUAGUGAAUUUGAGCAUCUCAUUUAGGAUGACAUCAGGUCCACAUGCUUUUUUUUAAAUUUGAGGGCCUGAAGUUUCUUAAAGAGCUCUGUGUCAGUAAUUGGAGAGUCCAAUGGAUGUCCCUUUUAUAGCUUUUUCUAAUCCAUUCAACUUCUCAUGAAUUUGUCAUUGUUCUGCGUUUGUGUCAAUUUGAACGGUGUUGUAGAGUGUUUUAAAAUGGGCUGUCCAUAUGUCACCAUUUUGUAUCGCUAAUUCCUAUAGUUUCGAUUUUUUGGGGGGGGUUACCAAUUUUGCCAGAAGUUGUUUGUGUUUAUGGACUCCUCAAUUAGUGUCAGCCGCUUGCUGUUGGACUGGGCUGGUUGGUUCAGCUGCGUGCUGUUGGACUGGGCUGGUUGGUUCAGCUGCGUGCUGUUGGACUGGGCUGGUUGGUUCAGCUGCUUGCUGUUGGACCGGGCUGGUUGGUUCAGCUGCUUGCUGUAGGACUGGGCUGGUUGGUUCUGCUGCUUGCUGUAGGACUGGGCUGGUUGGUUCUGAUGCUUGCUGUUGUUGGUUUUUUUGGUUCUGAGUCUACGUUUAUAGAGUUUUAAAGUCUCAUAGUAAUAAAGGUGUAAUUCAAGAUUAUGAAUGGUAUGUGGUAUCCAGAAAGUUAUCUAAAAGUGUUUGGAUAUUUUGGUUACUGGUUGCUUUCUGGGUAUUCUUCUGUGCUGUUUUGGGCCCAUCUGUAUGAAGUUCUGAUGUUGUGCAGCUCACUGGGCUGUUUCCAUGUUGUCUGUGAUCAGACAGAGGUGUUAGUGGCUUGACGGUGAAUGAGCUGAGAGAGAAAGGGUCAAUGUCUGUAAUCAUAUAGUCUACUGUGCUGUGGCCAAGAGGUGAGCAAUAGGGGAAUCUCCCCAAAGAGUCCCCCGUAACCUACCACUGACAAAGUACAGACCCAGGCUUCGACAGAGCCGCAACAGAUCCCUUCCGUUUCUGUUGAUGGUGCUGUCACUGUUGUUUCUAUGGGGGAGAUUAAGACAGUUAGAUACAGUAUGGCCUGUAAUGAAGCUGUCCCCUCGUGUGGUCGUUAGAUCAGGUAGUGUUCCUGUCAGUGUAUUUGUGUCCCCACAGAUGAGCACAUUUCCCUGGGCCUGGAAAUGGCACGUCUCUUCCUCAAGGCUGGGGAAUAUCUCCUCUGAGUAAUAUGGGGAUUCUGACCGGGGGGGGGGAUAUAUAUUGCGCAAAGGAACACACAUUUUUCUGUCAAUACAAAUUAUUUUUUCAGUUUUAACCAAAUGUGAUAAAUGACCAAUUUUGAGGGGAUCAAUUUGAUUUUGUUGUUCGGAUUUGUACCAAAUGAUCAAUCCUCCAGAGUCUCUGCCUCUAUUGACAGAGCUGUGUUUCUGUGACGACACAAUUACCUCUCUGUAGCCUGUGGGACCGUGAGUGACAAUGUCUGCCUUAUACCAUGUCUCCUGCGGAAUGAUGACGUCAACAUCUUUAAUUUAAAUUUUUUUUGCUAAACUCUUCAGUCCAAAGGUUGAUGAGUUUAGGCUCUGAAUGUUCCACCUGCUAACUGAUACUAAUUUCAUGUUGUCUCAGAAGUUCCAAAAUAAGAGACAUUUCAAAUGUCAUAUUAUGUCUAUAUACAGUGUUGUAACGAUGUGCAAAUAGUUAAAGUACAAAUGGGAAAAUAAAUAAACAUAAAUAUGGGUUGUAUUUACAAAAUGUGUUUGUUCUUCACUGGUUGCCCUUUUCUUGUGGCAACAGGUCACAAAUCUUGUAGCUGUGAUGGCACACUGUGGUUUUUCACCCAGUAGAUAAGGGAGUUUAUCAAAAUUGGGUUUGUUUUCAAAUUUUCUCUCUCUCUCUCUUCAGGGUGAAUAACUGUCUCUCUCUCUCUCUCUCUCUCUCUCUCUCUCUCUCUCUCUCUCUCUCUCUCUCUUCAGGGUAAAUAACUCUCUCUCUCUCUCUCUGUCUCUCUCUCUCUCUCUCUCUCUCUCUGUCUCUCUCUCUCUCUCUCUCUCUCUCUCUCUCUCUCUCUCUCUCUCUCUCUCUCUUCAGGGUGAAUAACUGUGUCUCUCUCUCUCUUCAGGGUGAAUAACUGUGUGGGGUUCUCUAACUACAAGUUCUUCCUCCUCUUCCUGUCCUACUCCAUGGUCUACUGUGUGUUCAUCAGUGCCUCCGUCUUCAGAUACUUCAUCAACUUCUGGGUGGUGAGUGGUGAUGGACGAUUUACAUCACAGCUUAGGGAUCUCAAAUGGCACCCUAUUCCCUAUAUAGUGCACUACUUUAGACCAGAGAAUGGCACCCUAUUCCCUAUAUAGAGCACUACUUUAGACCAGAGAAUGGCACCCUAUUCCCUAUAUAGUGCACUACUUUAGACCAGAGAAUGGCACCCUAUUCCCUAUAUAGUGCACUACUUUAGACCAGAGAAUGGCACCCUAUUCCCUAUAUAGUGCACUACUUUAGACCAGAAUAGAGCCCUAGUCACAUGACCUACUGCUGCUGUGACCAUAGUAACAUAUUAAACUGUGUCAACAGUCAGAUCACAUGACCUACUGCUGCUGUGACCAUAGCAACAUAUUAAACUGUGUCAACAGUCAGAUCACAUGACCUACUGCUGCUGUGACCAUAGUAACAUAUUAAACUGUGUCAACAGUCAGAUCACAUGACCUACUGCUGCUGUGACCAUAGCAACAUAUUAAACUGUGUCAACAGUCAGAUCACAUGACCUACUGCUGCUGUGACCAUAGCAACAUAUUGAUGUAAGCUGUGUCAACAGUCAGAUCACAUGACCUACUGCUGCUGUGACCAUAGCAACAUAUUAAACUGUGUCAACAGUCAGAUCACAUGACCUGCUGCUGCUGUGACCAUAGCAACAUAUUAAACUGUGUCAACAGUCAGAUCACAUGACCUACUGCUGCUGUGACCAUAGUAACAUAUUAAACUGUGUCAACAGUCAGAUCACAUGACCUACUGCUGCUGUGACCAUAGUAACAUAUUAAACUGUGUCAACAGUCAGAUCACAUGACCUACUGCUGCUGUGACCAUAGUAACAUAUUGAUGUAAGCUGUGUCAACAGUCAGAUCACAUGACCUGCUGCUGUGACCAUAGUAACAUAUUAAACUGUGUCAACAGUCAGAUCACAUAACCUACUGCUGCUGCUGUGACCAUAGUAACAUAUUAAACUGUGUCAACAGUCAGAUCACAUGACCUACUGCUGCUGUGACCAUAGUAACAUAUUAAACUGUGUCAACAGUCAGAUCACAUGACCUACUGCUGCUGUGACCAUAGUAACAUAUUAAACUGUGUCAACAGUCAGAUCACAUGACCUGCUGCUGCUGUGACCAUAGUAACAUAUUGAUGUAAGCUGUGUCAACAGUCAGAUCACAUGACCUGCUGCUGUGACCAUAGUAACAUAUUAAACUGUGUCAACAGUCAGAUCACAUGACCUACUGCUGCUGUGACCAUAGUAACAUAUUGAUGUAAGCUGUGUCAACAGUCAGAUCACAUGACCUACUGCUGCUGUGACCAUAGUAACAUAUUAAACUAUGUCAACAGUCAGAUCACAUGACCUGCUGCUGCUGUGACCAUAGUAACAUAUUAAACUGUGUCAACAGUCAGAUCACAUGACCUACUGCUGCUGUGACCAUAGUAACAUAUUAAACUGUGUCAACAGUCAGAUCACAUGACCUACUGCUGCUGUGACCAUAGUAACAUAUUAAACUGUGUCAACAGUCAGAUCACAUGACCUACUGCUGCUGUGACCAUAGUAACAUAUUAAACUGUGUCAACAGUCAGAUCACAUGACCUGCUGCUGCUGUGACCAUAGUAACAUAUUAAACUGUGUCAACAGUCAGAUCACAUGACCUACUGCUGCUGUGACCAUAGCAACAUAUUAAACUGUGUCAACAGUCAGAUCACAUGACCUACUGCUGCUGUGACCAUAGUAACAUAUUAAACUGUGUCAACAGUCAGAUCACAUGACCUACUGCUGCUGUGACCAUAGCAACAUAUUAAACUGUGUCAACAGUCAGAUCACAUGACCUACUGCUGCUGUGACCAUAGUAACAUAUUAAACUGUGUCAACAGUCAGAUCACAUGACCUACUGCUGCUGUGACCAUAGUAACAUAUUAAACUGUGUCAACAGUCAGAUCACAUGACCUGCUGCUGCUGUGACCAUAGUAACAUAUUGAUGUAAGCUGUGUCAACAGUCAGAUCACAUGACCUGCUGCUGUGACCAUAGUAACAUAUUAAACAGUGUCAACAGUCAGAUCACAUGACCUACUGCUGCUGUGACCAUAGUAACAUAUUAAACUGUGUCAACAGUCAGAUCACAUGACCUACUGCUGCUGUGACCAUAGCAACAUAUUAAACUGUGUCAACAGUCAGAUCACAUGACCUACUGCUGCUGUGACCAUAGCAACAUAUUAAACUGUGUCAACAGUCAGAUCACAUGACCUACUGCUGCUGUGACCAUAGUAACAUAUUAAACUGUGUCAACAGUCAGAUCACAUGACCUACUGCUGCUGUGACCAUAGCAACAUAUUGAUGUAAGCUGUGUCAACAGUCAGAUCACAUGACCUACUGCUGCUGUGACCAUAGUAACAUAUUAAACUGUGUCAACAGUCAGAUCACAUGACCUGCUGCUGCUGUGACCAUAGUAACAUAUUAAACUGUGUCAACAGUCAGAUCACAUGACCUGCUGCUGCUGUGACCAUAGUAACAUAUUAAACUGUGUCAACAGUCAGAUCACAUGACCUACUGCUGCUGUGACCAUAGUAACAUAUUAAACUGUGUCAACAGUCAGAUCACAUGACCUACUGCUGCUGUGACCAUAGUAACAUAUUAAACUGUGUCAACAGUCAGAUCACAUGACCUGCUGCUGCUGUGACCAUAGCAACAUAUUAAACUGUGUCAACAGUCAGAUCACAUGACCUACUGCUGCUGUGACCAUAGUAACAUAUUAAACUGUGUCAACAGUCAGAUCACAUGACCUGCUGCUGCUGUGACCAUAGUAACAUAUUAAACUGUGUCAACAGUCAGAUCACAUGACCUGCUGCUGUGACCAUAGUAACAUAUUAAACUGUGUCAACAGUCAGAUCACAUGACCUACUGCUGCUGUGACCAUAGUAACAUAUUAAACUGUGUCAACAGUCAGAUCACAUGACCUACUGCUGCUGUGACCAUAGUAACAUAUUAAACUGUGUCAACAGUCAGAUCACAUGACCUACUGCUGCUGUGACCAUAGUAACAUAUUAAACUGUGUCAACAGUCAGAUCACAUGACCUACUGCUGCUGUGACCAUAGUAACAUAUUAAACUGUGUCAACAGUCAGAUCACAUGACCUACUGCUGCUGUGACCAUAGUAACAUAUUAAACUGUGUCAACAGUCAGAUCACAUGACCUACUGCUGCUGUGACCAUAGUAACAUAUUAAACUGUGUCAACAGUCAGAUCACAUGACCUACUGCUGCUGUGACCAUAGUAACAUAUUAAACUGUGUCAACAGUCAGAUCACAUGACCUACUGCUGCUGUGACCAUAGCAACAUAUUAAACUGUGUCAACAGUCAGAUCACAUGACCUGCUGCUGCUGUGACCAUAGUAACAUAUUAAACUGUGUCAACAGUCAGAUCACAUGACCUACUGCUGCUGUGACCAUAGUAACAUAUUAAACUGUGUCAACAGUCAGAUCACAUGACCUACUGCUGCUGUGACCAUAGUAACAUAUUAAACUGUGUCAACAGUCAGAUCACAUGACCUGCUGCUGCUGUGACCAUAGUAACAUAUUAAACUGUGUCAACAGUCAGAUCACAUGACCUACUGCUGCUGUGACCAUAGUAACAUAUUAAACUGUGUCAACAGUCAGAUCACAUGACCUACUGCUGCUGUGACCAUAGUAACAUAUUAAACUGUGUCAACAGUCAGAUCACAUGACCUACUGCUGCUGUGACCAUAGUAACAUAUUAAACUGUGUCAACAGUCAGACAUUCUUUGUUGUGUAACGGCAGAGGUUCUUCGGUGGUCUACUGCUUCACAUGGUUCUAUCUGUGGUUCUAGUUCUCCUGUUCUCCUACACAGUUCUAGAUCUCCGGUCUGUGUGUGUUCCCCUACAGGGGGACCUGCCAAACGGACCCGCUAAGUUCCACGUUCUCUUCCUGAUGUUCGUGGCGUUGAUGUUCUUAGUCAGUCUCAUGUUCCUGUUCGGCUACCACUGCUGGCUGGUCGCCAAGAACAGGUCCACACUAGGUAAUAAAUGUAGCUACCAUGUUUAGGCCAAGAAGACCCGUUUCAAGGCAUUAGCAGUGUAGAGAAACACAGCCACUGAAGUCUAUUCCUCCCUCCCUCUCUGACUCUGCCUCCCCUCCCCCUCCCCUCCCCUCCCCUCCCCUCCCCUCCCCUCCCCUCCCCUCCCCUCCCCUCCCCUCCCCUCCCCUCCUCUCCCCUCCUCUCCCCUCCCCUCCCCUCCCCUCCCCUCUCAUCCAGAGGCGUUCUCUGCUCCAGUCUUCCCUACAGGACCAGACCGUAAUGGUUUCAACGUGGGGAUCAGGAGGAACCUGCAGCAGGUGUUUGGAGACGACAAGAGACUGUGGUUCCUGCCUAUCUGCACUAGGUGAGGCCCUAGUCUCUACCCCCUAACCCCUAGACCAGGGGUGUUCAACCUUUUAUUACCUGUGGACCCCCCUCCUGGCGACCCAGGGACCCCCAUCAUACGUUAACAAAACAAUAAUAUGUCAUGUCUUAUCAUCAGGUGACUGAUAAUGGCAAGGAGAAGUAAUCAACAUUUUAAAAUGAAAAUAUUUGGUAGAUAGUUGUUCAUUAUAACAGGAAGAGGAAGUGGAAACUCUAACUGAGCCUUUUAGAUAGAAGGGCACCUCCAAACACUUUCACUAAGAGCAGCUUUUAAUCUGGUUAAACUAAGGUUAGCCAUGUGUUGGCAAAACGGUAUGAACCAGCAGCCAGCGGCACUGCCACACUGGUAGCUUGUUGACUGGUAGCUUGUUGACUGGUGGCCUGUUGACUGGUGGCCUGUUGACUGGUGGCCUGUUGACUGGUGGCCUGUUGACUGGUGCUUUUUCAAAGCCUAUCUCAGAUAUGCCAGUGAGUGUAAUUGGCUCAAUAUUAGGAGUUGAUCAAUAAAGUUGACGUCAUUAGAAAAACUUUUUUUUUUACUGUAGGUAUGUAUUCAACAUUUGUUUAUUCUGUUUUUGCUAGCGAUAUUCAUACAAACAUUAAAAUACAAAUAUUUGUUUCACUUUUUUAUAUUUUCACGGACCCCCGGUUGAAUGCCCUAGACCCUUAACCCUUACAUCCUAGGUUCUAAAUCAGUCCCUGAUUAGAGGGGGAUCACCCACCUGGUGUCCCAGGUCUAAACCAGUCCCUGAUUAGAGGGGAAUCACCCACCUGGUGUCCCAGGUCUAAAUCAGUCCCUGAUUAGAGGGGAAUCACCCACCUGGUGUCCCAGGUCUAAACCAGUCCCUGAUUAGAGGGGAAUCACCCACCUGGUGUCCCAGGUCUAAAUCAGUCCCUGAUUAGAGGGGAAUCACCCACCUGGUGUCCCAGGUCUAAAUCAGUCCCUGAUCAGAGGGGAAUCACCCACCUGGUGUCCCAGGUCUAAACCAGUCCCUGAUUAGAGGGGAAUCACCCACCUGGUGUCCCAGGUCUAAAUCAGUCCCUGAUCAGAGGGGAAUCACCCACCUGGUGUCCCAGGUCUAAAUCAGUCCCUGAUCAGAGGGGAAUCACCCCCCUGGUGUCCCAGGUCUAAACCAGUCCCUGGUUAGAGGGGAAUCACCCCCCUGGUGUCCCAGGUCUAAACCAGUCCCUGAUUAGAGGGGAAUCACCCACCUGGUGUCCCAGGUCUAAACCAGUCCCUGUCUAAAUCAGUCCCUGAUUAGAGGGGAAUCACCCACCUGGUGUCCCAGGUCUAAACCAGUCCCUGAUCAGAGGGGAAUCACCCACCUGGUGUCCCAGGUCUAAAUCAGUUCCUGGUUAGAGGGGGGAUUCACCCAACCUGGUGUCCCAGGUCUAAAUCAGUCCCUGGGUUAGAGGGGAAUCCACCUCACCUGGUAGUCCCAGGGUCUAAACCAGUCCCUGAUCAGCGGGGAAUCCAACCCCACCUGGUUUGUCCCAUGGUCUAAUCAGUCCCUGAUUAGCGGGGAAAAUCACCCACCUGGUGUCCCAGUCGUCUCAAAUCAGUCCCAUGAUUAGAGGGGAAUCACCCACCUGGGUGGUCCCAGGUUCUAAAAUCAGUCCCACUGAUUAGAGGGGCAUCACCCCCCUGGUGUCCCAGGUCUAAAACCAAGUCCCUGAUUAGAGGGGGAAUCACCCCCACCUGGUGUCCCAGGGAUCAACUCAGUCCCACUGAUUCGAGGGGGAUCGGAUCACCCACAUGGUUGUUCCCAGGUCUAAACCAAGUCCCCUGGUUAGAGGGGAAUCACCCCCCUGGUGUCCAGGUCUAAACCAGUCCCUGAUUAGAGGGGAAUCACCCCCCUGGUGUCCCAGGUCUAAAUCAGUCCCUGAUUAGAGGGGAAUCACCCCCCUGGUGUCCCAGGUCUAAACCAGUCCCUGGUAGAGGGGAAUCACCACCAUGGAUGUCCAGGUCUAAUCAGUCCGUGAUUAGAGGGGCACUUCACCCCCUGGUUCCUAGCUCCUAACCAGUCCCUGAUAGCAGCCGGCAAAUAAGCCCUACCUGCUGCCCAGCCCUAAGCCACUAGCCCUAGCCCUAGCAUCACCCCCUAGCCGCUGUCCCUCAGCCUAGCUCCCUAACCAUAGCCCUAGCCUAGCCAGAUCACCCCCUAGCCCGUAGCCCUAGCAACCAGCCCUGACCUAGCGGAUCACCCACUAGCCCCAGGUCCUAAACCAGCCCUGCCUAGCGCAGGGCCGACUAUGCCUAGCCACUGAUGCCCCUGAGCCCUAGCCAUGAGCCCCUAGAGGCCGCCUUAGCCCCUCAGCCCCUAGCCCCUCCUAGCCACUAGCCCUAGCCACUAGCCCCUAGCCCCUAGCCACCUAGCCACCAGCCCCUAGCCCCUCCAUAGCCACUAGCCCUAGCCCCUCAGCCCCUAGCCCCUAGCCACUAGCCCCUAGCCACUAGCCCCUAGCCUCUAGCCCACUAGCCCAUAGCACUCGAGCCAUAGCCACUAGCCACUAGCCCCUAGCCACUAGCCCACCACUAGCCCCUAGCCACUAGCCACUAGCCCAUAGCCACUGCCCUAGCCCUAGCCACUAGCCCCUAGCCCUAGCCUCUAGCCCUAGCCCCUAGCCACUAGCCCUAGCCACUAGCCCCUAGCCCUAGCCACUAGCCACUAGCCCUAGCCCCCUCUAGCCCCUAGCCACUAGCCACUAGCCCCUAGCCACUAGCCCUAGCCCUAGCCCCUAGCCCCUAGCCACUAGCCCCAUAGCCCUCUUAGCCACUAGCCACUAGCCCCUAGCCCUAGCCCUAGCCCCUAGCCCCUAGCCCUAGCCACUAGCCCCUAGCCCCUAGCCUCUAGCCCCUAGCCCCUAGCCACUAGCCCCUAGCCCCUAGCCCAUAGCCACUAGCCCCUAGCCCCUAGCCCCUAGACACUUGCCCCUAGCCUCUAGCCCUUAGCCACUAGCCCCUAGCCCCUAGCCCCACUAGCCUAGCCACUAGCCCAUAGCCACUAGCCCCUAGCCACUAGCCACUAGCCACUAGCCCAUAGCCACUAGCCACUAGCCCAUAGCCACUAGCCCCUAGCCCCUAGCCACUAGCCCCUAGCCUCUAGCCCUUAGCCACUAGCCCCUAGCCCCUAGCCCAUAGCCUCUAGCCCCUAGCCACUAGCCACUAGCCCAUAGCCACUAGCCACUAGCCCAUAGCCACUAGCCACUAGCCCCUAGCCACUAGCCCCUAGCCACUAGCCCCUAGCCACUAGCCUCUACUUUUUAUUUAUUUUUUAUUUAACCUUUAUUUAACCAGGAAGCCAGUUGAGAACAAGUUCUCAUUUACAACUGCGCCUGGCCAAGAUAAAGCAAAGCAGUGCGAUUAAAAACAACAACACAGAGUUACAUAUGGGUAAAACAAAACAUAAAGUCAAAAAUACAACAGAAAAUAUAUAUACAGUGUGUGCAAAUGUAGCAAGUUAUGGAGGUAAGGCAAUAAAUAGGCCAUAGUGCAAAAUAAUUACAAUUAGUACAAUUAGUAUUAACACUGGAAUUAACACUGGAAUGAUAGAUGUGCAAGAGAUGAUGUGCAAAUAGAGAUACUGGGGUGCAAAUGAGCAAAAUAAAUAACAAUAUGGGGAUGAGGUAGUUGGGUGGGCUAAUUACAGAUGGGCUGUGUACAGGUGCAGUGAUCGGUAAGCUGCUCUGACAACUGAUGCUUAAAGUUAGUGAGGGAGAUAAGUGUCUCCAGCUUCAGAGAUUUUUGCAGUUCGUUCCAGUCAUUGGCAGCAGAGAACUGGAAGGAAUGGCGGCCAAAGGAGGUGUUGGCUUUGGGGAUGACCAGUGAGAUAUACCUGCUGGAGCGCAUACUACGGGUGGGUGUUGCUAUGGUGACCAGUGAGCUAAGAUACCACAGGGCUCCCAACCCUGUUCCUGGAGAGAUACCCUCCUGUAGGUUUUCACUCCAACCCCAGUUGUAAAUAACCUGAUUAAUCUUAUCAACCAAUUAAUUAUUAGAAUCAGGUGCUAGAUUAGGGUUGGAGUGAAAACCUACAGGAUGGUAGCUCUCCAGGAUCAGGGUUGGAGUGAAAACCUACAGGAGGGUAGCUCUCCAGGAUCAGGGUUGGAGAGAGAACCUACAGGACGGUAACUCUCCAGGAUCAGGGUUGGAGAGAGAACCUACAGGACAGUAUCUCUCCAGGAUCAGGGUUGGAGAGAGAACCUACAGGAGGGUAUCUCUCCAGGAUCAGGGUUGGAGAGAGAACCUACAGGAGGGUGGCUCUCCAGGAUCAGGGUUGGAGAGAGAACCUACAGGGGGGUGGCUCUCCAGGAUCAGGGUUGGAGUUAAAACCUCCAGGAGGGUAUCUCUCCAGGAUCAGGGUUGGAGAGAGAACCUACAGGAGGGUAUCUCUCCAGGAACAGGGUUGGAGUGAAAACCUACAGGAGGGUGGCUCUCCAUGAUUUACAUUUACAUUUUAGUCAUUUAGCAGACGCUCUUAUCCAGAGCGACUUACAGGAGCAAUUAGGGUUAAGUGCCUUGCUCAAGGGCACAUUUACGUCAUUUAGCAGACGCUCUUAUCCAGAGCGACUACAAAUUGGUGCAUUCACCCUAUAGCCAGUGGGAUAACCACUUUACAAUUAUACUUUUUUUUGGGGGGGGGGGGGGUAGAAGGAUUACUUUAUCCUAUCCCAGGUGUUCCUUAAAGAGGUGGGGUUUCAAAUGUCUCCGGAAGGUGGUGAGUGACUCCGCUGUCCUGGCGUCGUGAGGGAGCUUGUUCCACCAUUGGGAUGCCAGAGCAGCGAACAGCUUUGACUGGGCUGAGCGGGAACUAUGCUUCCGCAGAGGAAGGGGAGCCAGCAGGCCAGAGGUGGAUGAACGCAAUGCCCUCGCCUGGGUGUAGGGACUGAUCAGAGCCUGAAGGUACGGAGGUGCCGUUCCCCUCACUGCUCCAUAGGCAAGCACCAUGGUCUUGUAACGGAUGCGAGCUUCAACUGGAAGCCAGUGGAGUGUGCGGAGGAGGGGGGGUGACGUGAGAGAACUUGGGAAGGUUGAACACCAGACGGGCUGCGGCAUUCUGGAUGAGUUGUAGGGGUUUAAUGGCACAGGCAGGGAGCCCAGCCAACAGCGAGUUGCAGUAAUCCAGACGGGAGAUGACAAGUGCCUGGAUUAGGACCUGUGCCGCUUCCUGUGUAAGGCAGGGUCGUACUCUCCGAAUGUUGUAGAGCAUGAACCUGCAGGAUCGGGUCACCGCCUUGAUGUUAGCGGAGAACGACAGGGUGUUGUCCAGGGUCACGCCAAGGCUCUUCGCACUCUGGGAGGAGGACACAACGGAGUUGUCAACCGUGAUGGCGAGAUCAUGGAACGGGCAGUCCUUCCCCGGGAGGAAGAGCAGCUCCGUCUUGCCAGGGUUCAGCUUGAGGUGGUGAUCCGUCAUCCAUACUGAUAUGUCGGCCAGACAUGCAGAGAUGCGAUUCGCCACCUGGUUAUCAGAAGGGGGAAAGGAGAAGAUUAGUUGUGUAUCGUCAGCGUAGCAAUGAUAGGAGAGGCCAUGUGAGGAUAUGACAGAGCCAAGUGACUUGGUGUAUAGGGAGAAAAGGAGAGGGCCUAGAACUGAGCCCUGGGGGACACCAGUGGUGAGAGCACGUGGUGCGGAGACAGCUUCUCGCCACGCCACUUGGUAGGAGCGACCGGUCAGGUAGGACGCAAUCCAGGAGUGAGCCGCGCCGGAGAUGCCCAGCUCGGAGAGGGUGGAGAGGAGGAUCUGAUGGUUCACAGUAUCAAAGGCAGCAGACAGGUCUAGAAGGACAAGAGCAGAGGAGAGAGAGUUAGCUUUAGCAGUGCGGAGAGCCUCCGUGACACAGAGAAGAGCAGUUUCAGUUGAAUGACCAGUCCUGAAACCUGACUGGUUUGGAUCAAGAAGGUCAUUCUGAGAGAGAUAGCAAGAGAGUUGGCUAAAGACGGCACGCUCAAUAGUUUUGGAAAGAAAAGAAAGAAGGGAUACUGGUCUGUAGUUGUUGACAUCAGUGGGAUCGAGUGUUGGUUUUUUGAGAAGGGGUGCAACACUCGCUCUCUUGAAGACGGAAGGGACAUGGCCAGCGGUCAAGGAUGAGUUGAUCAGCGAGGUGAGGUAGGGGAGAAGGUCACCGGAGAUGGUCUGGAGAAGAAAGGAGGGGAUGGGGUCAAGCGGGCAGGUUGUUGGGCGGCCUGCAGUCACUAGUCGCAAGAUUUUAUCUGGAGAGAGAGGGGAGAAAGAAGUCAAAGCAUAGGGUAGGGCAGUGUGAGCAGGACCAGCAGUGUCAUUAGACUUAACAAACGAGGAUCGGAUGUCGUCAACCUUCUUUUCAAAGUGGUUGACAAAGUCAUCCACAGAGAGGGAGGAGGGGGGGGGGGGGGGGGAUUCAGCAGUGAGGAGAAUGUGGCAAAGAGCUUCCUAGGGUUAGAGGCAGAUGCUUGGAAUUUAGAGUGGUAGAAAGUGGCCUUAGCAGCAGAAACAGAUGAAGAAAAUGUAGAGAGGAGGGAGUGAAAAGAUGCCAGGUCGGCAGGGAGUUUAGUUUUCUUCCAUUUCCGCUCAGCUGCCCGGAGCUCUGUUCUGUGAGCUCGCAAUGAGUCAUCAAGCCACAGAGCUGGAGGGGAGGACCGAGCCGGCCGGGAGGAUAGGGGACACAGGGAGUCAAAGGAUGCAGAAAGGGAGGAGAGGAGGGUUGAGGAGGCAGAAUCAGGAGAUUGGAGGGAGAAGGAUUGAGCAGAGGGAAGAGAUGAUAGGAUGGAAGAGGAGAGAGUAGUGGGAGAGAGAGAGCGAAGGUUGCGGCGGCGCGUUACCAUCUGUGUAGGGACAGAGUGAGUAGUGUUGGAGGAGAGCGAGAGAGAAAAGGAAACAAAGUAGUGGUCGGAGACAUGGAGGGGAGUUGCAGUGAGAUUAGUAGAAGAGCAACAUCUAGUAAAGAUGAAGUCAAGCGUAUUGCCUGCCUUGUGAGUGGGGGGGGGAUGGUGAGAGGGUGAGGUCAAAAGAGGAGAGGAGUGGAAAGAAGGAGGCAGAGAGAAAUGACUCAAAUGUAGACGUGGGGAGGUUGAAAUCCCCCAAAACUGUGAAGGGUGAGCCAUCCUCAGGAAAGGAACUUAUCAAGGCGUCAAGCUCAUUGAUGAACUCUCCAAGGGAACCUGGAGGGCGAUAGAUGACAAGGAUAUUAAGCUUAAAUGGGCUAGUGACUGUGACAGCGUGGAAUUCAAAUGAGGAGAUAGACAGAUGGGUUAGGGGAAUAAUUGAGAAUGACCACUUGGGAGAGAUGAGGAUUCCUGUGCCACCACCCCUCUGACCAGAUGCUCUCGGGGUAUGCGAGAACACAUGGUCAGACGAGGAGAGAGCAGUAGGAGUAGCAGUGUUUUCAGUGGUAAUCCAUGUUUCCGUCAGCGCCAGGAAGUCGAGGGACUGGAGGGUAGCAUAGGCUGGGAUGAAGUCAGCCUUGUUGGCGGCAGAAUGGCAGUUCCAGAGGCUGCCUGAGACCUGGAACUCCAGGUGUGUGGUGCGUGCAGGGACCACCAGGUUAGAGAGGCAGCAGCCACGCGGUGUGAGGCGUUUGUGUAGCCUGUGCGGAGAGGAGAGAACAGGGAUAGGCAGAGGCAUAGUUGACAGGCUGCAGCAGAUGGCUACAAUAAUGCAGAGGAGAUCGGGAUGAAAUGAACUAAACAUCAGGGAAAGGAGAGAGCAGGCCUCCCUCACCAAAAAAAAUAUAUAUAACUCUCCCAACUUCCACCUCAGAAACUAUAAUUGUUUCACUGAACCACCCGAGUAAAACUCUCCCAACUUCCACUUUAGAAAUUAGAAUUGUUGUAAACUACAGCAGACUGUUAUCAGUAGCUGUAAUUAAGUACAGCAGCUACCAACCACCUAACGUUAAUGCCUCGGAUGAGGUUAGAAAAACAGCUGAAUGGUAGCAGCUAGCUGGCUCAAUCACAGGUACUCUUAAGCAUGAAAUAACAUUGGAAACAAUUAACCACAGUUGCAAAAAGUUACCAGUAGCUACCCGCUAGCUAGCUAGCUUUGUUGGUCCAGGUAGUGGGUUAGCUAGCCUCGUGCUAGCCUCGUGCUUCGCCGGGGUCUGCCGAAUACAGUCCUUACCUACAAUAAUUACCUACAAUAACCUUCAAUAACUACCUGAGUAAGCUACCUAUAAUACCAAACUACAAUACCUACCUACAAUCUAAAUACAUGGUUUAAGCUUAACUCAACACCAUAUAAGAAGCCAAGCUUACCUUUCAUAACGCAGCAAUGAUUAAACGUUGGGUAGCUAGCACAAAGAUAUUGUAUUUAGCUACCACAGUACAGCCAGCCAGCAUAUAACCUGUUACCAAAGCAAAGCAUACAGGAUCACCCCACAACUCCAUAUAUCCACCUUAGGGCCAGCAUAUAACCUGUUACCAAAGAAAAGCAUACAGGAUCACACCACAACAUCCUACAGCAACCCAAUAGGCAGGAGGGUGGAUCAGGGUUGGAGAGAGAACCUACAGGAGGGUAUCUCUCCAGGAUCAGGGUUGGAGUUAAAACCUCCAGGAGGGUAUCUCUCCAGGAUCAGGGUUGGAGUUAAAACCUCCAGGAGGGUAUCUCUCCAGGAUCAGGGUUGGAGAGAGAACCUACAGGAGGGUAUCUCUCCAGGAUCAGGGUUGGAGUUAAAACCUCCAGGAGGGUAUCUCUCCAGGAUCAGGGUUGGAGUUAAAACCUACAGGAGGGUAUCUCUCCAGGAUCAGGGUUGGAGUUAAAACCUCCAGGAGGGGAGCUCUCCAGGAUCAGGGUUGGGAGCCCUGCCCUAGACCAGUGGUUUCAACUCCUGUAAUACCCUCACCAGGACACAUUAGUAUUGUAGCCCCGGACAAACAUACCUGACUCAACUUGUCAACUAAUCAUCAGGCCCUUGUUAAGUUGAAUCAGGUGAGGUUGUCUGGGCUACAAUACAAAUGUGUGCUAUUGGGGGGACUUGAAACUGUUAUGAAACUGCCCUAUACAAGCGCUUUGUGAGAAAUGUUGUUGUAAAGGGCUGUGUUGAUAAAGUUGUAUUGUUUGAUGCACGUUUCCCAGCCAAGGAGACGGCCACUACUUCCCCCUGACUAUGGAUAUUUAACCCCAUCCUGUCUGUGUUUCUGUUUUGCCCAGCCAAGGAGACGGCCACUACUUCCCCCUGAAGAGCCUGAGUGAGUCCUCGACCUCUCUGUUAGCCAAUGAGGAGAAAUGGGAGGAGGAAGAGGAGGAGUCCGAGGACGACCACAUGGGUAAGGAGGCCAAUAGGACAGAUUCUUAGAUUAAUAUCUAUCAGGGAAGAUUAUGUGAUGUGGUGGUGGUGUCCCUAAUUAAUACUGAAAAGUCUUGCUAGGCUGCAUAGUGGUUCAAAAGCCCCUACUGUUACUUCUCUACAUCCAUCUGGUGGACAGACGUGGUAUUGCAGGACGACAUGUGAUUAAACUAUAUAAUACAUUUACAUUUAAGUCAUUUAGCAGACGCUCUUAUCCAGAGCGACUUACAAAUUGGUGCGUUCAACUUAGGAUAGCCAGUGGGACAACCACAUCUUGAUCACAGUAAGUACACUUCUUCAAACAAGCAGCUGUGAGCAAAGUCGGUGCAAUCAGGGACAACUACAUCUCGAUCACAAUAAGUAAUAAUACUGUCUGUCUGGAAGCUACACUGAACACAAUUAUAAACGCAACAUGCAAAGUGUUGGUCCCAUGUUUCAUGAUCUGAAAUUAAAGAUCCCAGAAAUGUUCCAUAUGCACAGAAAGCUUAUUUCUCUCAAAUGUUGUGCACAAAUUUUACAUCCCUGUUAGUGAGCAUUUCUCCUUUGCCAAGAUAAUCCACCCACCUGACAGGUGUGGCAUAUCAAGAAGCUGAUUAAACAGCAUGAUCAUUACACAGGUGCACCUUGUGCUGGGGACAAUAAAAGGCCACUCACUUUGUCACACAACACAAUGCCACAGAUGUCUCAAGUUUUGAGGGAGCGUGCAAUUGGCAUGCUGACGGCACGAAUGUCCACCAGAGCUGUUGCCAGAUAAUUUAAUGUUAAUUUAUCUACCAUAAGCUGCCUCCAACGUCGUUUUAGAGAAUUUGGCAGUAUGAUCAACUGGUCUCACAACCGCAGACCACGUGUAACCACGCCAGCCCAGGACCUCCACAUUCGACUUCUUCACCUGCGGGAUCGUCUGAGACCAGUCACCCGGACAGCUGAUGAAACUGUGGGUUUGCACAACCGAAGGAUUUCUGCACAAACUGUCAGAAACCGUCUCAGGGAAGCUCAUCUGCGUGCUCGUCGUCCUCACCAGGGUCUUCACCUGACUGCAGUUCAGUGUCGUAACCGACAUCAGUGGGCAAAUGCUCACCUUCGAUGGCCACUGGCACGCUGGAGAAGUGUGCUCUUCACGGAUUAAUCCCGGUUUCAACCGUACCGGGCAGAUGGCAGACAUGACGUCGUGUGGGCGAGUGGUUUGCUGAUGUCAACGUUGUGAACAGAGUGCCCCAUGGUGGCACCGGGGUUAUGCUAUGGGCAGACAUAAGCUACGGACAACGAACACAAUUGCAUUUUAUCGAUGGCAAUUUGAAUGCACAGAGAUACUGUGAUGAGAUCCUGAGGCCCAUUGUCGUGCCAUUCAUCCGCCGCCAUCACCUCAUGUUUCAGCAUGAUAAUGCAUGGCCCCAUGUCGCAAGGAUCUGUACACAAUUCCUGGAAGCUGAACAUAUCCCAGUUCUUCCAUGGCCUGCAUACUCACCAGACAUGCCACCCAUUGAGCAUGUUUGGGAUGCUCUGGAUCGAAUCCCCGAGCUGACAAGGAUAAAUGAUGUCGUUCUGCCUCUGAGCAAGACGUGGAUGUUGAUUAAUGCAGCCCCCUGCACCUCUCUGAUUCAGAGGGGUUGGGUUAAAUGUGGAAGACACAUUUCAGUUGAAUGCGUUCAGUUGUACAACUGACUAGGAAUCCCCCUUUCCCUUUCUGGAUCGACCUGUACGACAGCGUGUUCCAGUUCCCACCAAUAUCCAAUAACUUCGCACAGCCAUUGAAGAGGAGUGGGACAACAUUCCACAGGCCGCAAUCAACAGCCUGAUCAACUCUAUGUAAAGGAGAUGUGUCACGUUGCAUGAGGCAAAUGGUCACACCAGACACUGACUGGUUUUCUGAUCCACGCCCCUAUCUUUUUAUCUGUUAUUAAGGUAUCUGUGACCAACAGAUGCAUAUCUGUAUUCCCAGUCAUGUCAAAUCCAUAGAUUAAGGCCUAAUGAAUUGAUUGAUUUCCUUUAUAUGAACUGUAACUCAUAAAAAUCUAUUGUCAUUGUUGCAUGUUGCGUGAAUAUUUUUGUUCAAUGUAGUUGUCUUUAUAAUAUAAAUGAUUGAACUUUGUUUGGUUGUUGAAUGUAUUAAAGGAAACAUUGUCUUUUCCAGGUGGUGACAGGGAUCCCUCUGUUAUCAUAGACAUGGACGAAGGGGAGGAGGAGGAGGAGGAGGAGUAG